AUAUUUAUCUUCAUACUUUUUACAGUAAUUGGAAUCUUUAUUCAGAAAUUUAUCCACUAUGGCAUCAAUAGUGCCACGUAUCCCUAAAGCUAUAUGGACAAAAGCUGCUGACAAAAAGCUGAUUGAGGAGAUGCUUGUACAAUGUCAAAAGGGAAAGAAAUUGGACAAUAGGUUUAAAAAGGAGGCUUGGCAGGAAAUUAUGAUAGAAUUCAAUAAGGAAAUGGGUGAUGAAAUAAGAAGUAUGAAGCAGCUUAAAAAUAGGGCCAAUAUAGUAAGAAUUCUAUCUUAUAUUACUACUAAUAAAGAUUAUUAUAUUAUACAAAGCUAAUAGAAGGUUUUAAUAAAUAACAGAUGAAGCAAAAGUGGAAAGUUUUUAACCAUUUGCUGAAUUCUUCAGGAUUUGAGUGGAAUAAUACAAGUGAGAUUGUUACAGCUGCAGAAAGUAUUUGGACUAAUUACUUGAAGGUAUAUAUAAACUAAUUAGAGAAAAGUAUAAGAAUAAAGUCUAAUCUAAUAGUGUAUAGAGUAAUCCAGAAGCUGCUGAAUUCAAAUACCGAGUAUUUGAGAAUUAUGAUGCCUUAACUAAAAUAUUUUCCAAUAUAUCAGCUGCUAGUAUAGCAGCAGUUACUCCAGCUAGUAGUCAGAUUCCAAUAGGCAGAAGUCAGACUAGUUCUAGUCAGAAUAGUAAGUAAUUAAUUCAUAAUUUUUAUAAUAAUAAUGCAUAUAGCUAAUCUGAUACAGUUCCUAGUGAGCACAAGUCAAUUGAGGUACCAGACUGGUAUAAGGAUAACCCAUUUUCUUCUAUUAACAACUAUAAUGAGCAAAUUGAUCCAAAAUUGCAUAGAGGUAGUUCAUUAUUCCAACCAGAAGCAGCUGCACUAGCAAGUCAGAUACUUGUAGCUGAGAUAGACAUUGAGAAUAAUCCUGCUGAGCAAAUUAUUAGCUCUGACUCGGGUGAUGAAUACCAGCCAGAGUCUUCUCCUGCAAUACAGAGGCAGUCCCUAAGACCUACAAGUCGGAAGAGAAAAUUUGAAUCGUUAGUAAAAGGACAAGAGGCACAAAAGUUGACCAACUUUACUGAAAGGAUAUCUAGCAAGCUUAGUGACUUGAUUGCAGAAAUCAGAGCUAGUAAGUAUGUCCAUCAAGCAGUUACUGAUGACUCAAGUUUUAUACCAGCAUCAAUUUCACUCAUUGAAGCACCAGAGGAUGAGUUCAAGGAGUACAGAGCAGCUCUUGCAAUUCUGAUAGAGAUGUAUAAGAGUGAAGUUAUUAUAAAAGAUACUGUAAGAGAUGCAAUCAGAGUAUUAGAGAAAAAUCCUAUUAAAUGUGUGACUUUUAAGAUGAUAACUGAGGAUUUACGAGUUGCUUGGCUCAAGGAUAUUAUUAUGUCUAAACAGGAAUGUACUUAAUAUUUGUAUUACUGAUUCUAUAUACAAUAACUAGUAAAUCAAAUAUCUUGUAG